AUGGGAACUUUUCAGGCAGCCACUCUGUUUCUAUACUUCAUCACAACAUUUUCCCAACUCCAUUUCACUACUUCAAAGUCUCCCGGACUGAUUCUUGAACUCAUCCCCAGGGACUCUCCGAAGUCUCCACUAUACCCUGGAAACCUCACUCGACUUGAAAGACUUCAAAGAAUGAUCAGAUCCUCCGAUGCCAGAGCCGCCUAUUUGGAAGCAGUUCUUGCUCCAAAUGCAACAUUAGCACCUGAUGAAACGAUUAUUCUCACAGUGGGAACUGAUACAUUAUUUUAUAUCGUGUACGUCGGGAUCGGAACCCCCCCCGUAUUUGUGUUUUUGCUGUUGGACACAGGUGGUGGCCUAAUUUGGUCACAAUGUAAGCCUUGCAAGAAUUGUUACAGACAAAUAUAUCCCAUGUAUGACUCUCUUGCAUCAUCGACUUAUCAAAAGCUUUCUUGCGAUCAUCCUCUUUGUGUAGGUGAUAAUAAUCUCUACAGAUGUGUCGAUCAGCAGUGUGUAUAUGAUGUUAGCUAUGGAAAUGGAGAAGUCAAUACAAAAGGUGUUGCGUCCCUGGAAUCAUUCACGGUUGGAGAUGGCGAUAGAGUGAAUGUUGUUCGGAAUUUGAUCUUUGGGUGCUCUGAUGAUUCUCGACAUCCUAAUUUCCAAAAAAACGGUGUGAUUUCAGGAAUCAUGGGAUUCAACAGGUCUCCAGAUUCAUUAGCUUCACAAUUGGCCGAUCCAAUCGGUAAACGAUUCUCAUAUUGUUUCCCCUCUUUCGCAGAGGACAUGAAUCAUCCUAUAUAUGUAAGGUUCGGAGACGAGAUUCCUCAAAUUCCAGGAAUUACGCCAACCAUUAAUUUUGCAACGCCUCCAGGAAAGUUUUACUAUUACUUGAAAUUGAAUGAUAUAAGUGUUGGCGGUCGCAAGUUAGGAUUGGAACCUGGUCUCUUUGACAUUAGGCAAGAUGGCAGCGGCGGCGUCAUUAUAGACUCAGGAGCAUUGAUCACUAUAAUUGAUCAAUAUACUGUUGGCCGCAAUGCUUACACGGCCGUGAUGGAAGCUUUUCAGAAUUAUUAUGAUGCCUUCAAUCUUGAGAGGACGGGCCAAGUUAGUGAAGGAUUUGAUCUUUGUUACCAGAAACCGCCAGAAGGGUUUAAUGCUUUCGCAUUUUUAGUCUUCCACUUCGAAGGAGAUCCGUUCGCAGUAGAUCCGAAUAAUGUGCAUUAUUUUAAUGUUGAUGAGGGAUAUUUCUGUGUUGCAUUGAAGGCUGGAAAUGGGAUAAGCAUUCUGGGAAUAUGGUCUCAGCAACAAAAGCGCAUCAUUUAUGAUGAAAACAUAAAUGCCCUUCAAUUUAUUUAUGACCCAUGUUCUAAUGAUACUCCAUGA